GCAUGUCGAGAAUACCAGAUUACGCUCACAAUUUAUCACCUAAAAUGUCUCAAGUGAUGGAUGGGAUUGGUGUUAACGAGAAGAUAGUGAUGAAAAGAAGAAGAGCAAUGCUACUGAAUGAAUCACUAUUUACGUUACCUCAUCAGCUACUCGGUAAUGAUAAGAAUAUAUUCUUAUUCGGCAGUCAAAUAGAAGGUUCUACAACACUAGGAUUAAAGUCUGACACAGAUUGUCUUAUAUCUGUGAACAUCUAUAAUGUGAUACAAGACUGGAGUGAAUGGGAAUAUGGUAAACGUAAUUUGUUAAUGAUACAAGAUGAGUAUGUCUCACCAGGAUAUUGUUUGUUACAAAUUCUUAGAGAUGAUGCUCCACUACCAGAAGUAGCUGAAGUUGAUGACAAUUCAUAUAGAGACAGAAUGGGGAGAAUAUUGUUGAAUAAUACAUUUUUAAAUGAUGUUGGAAUUAAUGAAUUUAUUAGACACGGCCCAGCCCAUUCUAUACAAGAUGUUCCUGGUGUCAGUGAUGAUGAUUUUGUUUUUGCCUUUCCCUGUCAUUUAAGACCAGUUCAAGCACGGCACUGGUUAAAUCAGCAUAGAGAGGAGCAAUGGCCUACAAAUGGUAUGAUAAAGUACUGUAGUAACACGCAAUGUUUUGUUGUUGGAGUUGGGAAAACAGGAAGUGUAAAUGAAGCGUUUGAAUGGAGAAUAUCCACAUCAAUUGCGGAGAGAUAUUUAAUGUUUAAUCUUAACAUAACACAAAUUAGAUGUUAUGUUUUGAUGAAAAUGAUCUUGAAAACAUUUAUAACUCAAAGAAUUCCCGACAGCAUUUCAAGUUUCAUGUGUAAAACAAUUUUGUUACAUUGUAUUUCAUUUACAAGAUCUGAUACGUGGAAGGAAAAUACUCUCUUUAGUUGUCUAUCAUUUUGUUUAUCAACACUUUACAACUGUGUUCAGAAUGAAUUCUGUCCUCAUUUUUUCAUCACACAAAAUAACUUGUACCUGUCACAAGUAUACCAAUCCAUAUCGCACUAUCUCUUCUUCUUAUGUCAAAAUUCGAUAUAA